GGCAAUACCCGCGGUCAUACCAGAAUACCGAUUGUUCCAAGUAAGACCCGUGUGCGCCCGCCUGCCAUUUACGCGGAUAAAAAAUCGGAGCGCGCCAAGCUGAGGAGAGAUUGGCAGGUGUUGGCGCCAAGCUGCUGACGGCGGGAGCGUCCGGCGAGGCGGAGGUGGCCUGACGGAGCAGCGGGAGUCUGGCCGAAGCCUGGCCAAGCCCACGGACUUCACCAGGGCUCCGAGAGCUUCGCCAGUAAGCCCUUCGUACAACCAGCGACUUGGGUGGGGAUUUCUGAAAGAUUUGGAGUGGCAAGGGGUGGACUAGCGCGCGACGGCGGCGACGGGGCGGCCUCCGACGGGGCAGGAUUGAGCGGCGCCGGUGAUUGUGGCGGAUACUGCAGGAUUGCCCCGACUUGCCGCGACUUACGCCCUGAGCCCCACCUGAGCCGAAUUUACCGCGCCGGAAGCCGUGACUUGGGCGCCGCGGCCAAGGAGGAGCAACCGCCAGUGAGCCAGGUCGCGUGGGGCCCCUCGCAGGGCGGCCCCGUCUGCAGGUUCGGCGGGGCGCCAGGCCUGCAUGUGAGCCGUCGCCGCCGCCGCCGCCGCCCCCAGCAGCGCCGCCAGCAUGGACGGCCUCACGUCCGGCCUGCACGACGGUCUGUCCCUCCACGACCUGCAGCCGCCCACUCUUACCCACGACGCCGCCCACACGCCCACGCACGCCCAUGAUCACGGCCACGACCACACGCACGACCCCACGCACGGCCUCGGCCACCGCCACACGCCCGCCCACGACGCCCUGCACCACCUGGAGGUCUCCCACGCCCACGAGGCGGUGCACGGGCUGGCCCACGCCCACACUUCCUCCCACGGCACCUCCGCCUCCCACGCCGGCCUCGCCGCGCACCAGACGGGCGUGUCCUCCGCCCUGCGAGGCCCGCCGCCCCUCCACCCCCUCACGCCCACGCCCUCCACGGUGCUGCCGCCCACGCCAACGGACAAGAAGCCGCCCAUCAUAGACGCGGGCGAGAAGCCGUCGCAGUCGUGCUCGGCGGAGUCUGACGACGACAAGAACAAGAAGAAGCGUCAGCGGCGCCAGCGGACUCACUUCACCUCGCAGCAGCUGCAGGAGCUGGAGGCGACCUUCGCCAGGAACCGGUACCCGGACCUCAGCACCCGCGAGGAGAUCUCCCUGUGGCUCAACCUGAAGGAAGCGCAAGUCAGGAUCUGGUUCAAGAAUCGUCGCGCCAAAUGGAGGAAGCGCGAGCGGCACGCCAUGACGGCGGGCAUGCCCGGGGACCUCAAGUGCGGCUGGGGCGCCCAGCUGAACGGCUUCGCCUGGCCCGACGACGGCCUCUAUUCCGGGUACUCGUCCUAUAACAACUGGGCCCGCGUCACGCCGCCGCCGCUCAGCACCAAGAGCUUCGCCUGGGGCUUCAAUGGUGUCAACAUGAUGAGCCAACAGCCGUCGGCCAUGUCGCCCAUCAACUGCUUCCAGACGCCGACGCAGGGCAUGAGCAGCUCCACCAACCUCAUGCCCACCACCAUGUCCUCCUCACUGGGCUCCAGCUCCGCGCCCUGCCCCUACCCCGCCCCGACGCCGCCCUACGUCUACCGCGACCAGACCUCCACCAUGUCCUCCUCCAUCGCCUCCCUCCGCCUCAAGGCAAAGUCACACUCACCGGCCUUUACCUACGGCCCCGUCUCGCCCCGUCAGAACUCGCUCUCCGCCUGCCAGUACUCCAUGGGUGAUCGCUCCACCGUCUAAGGCGGCGGCGGCGGCGGCGGCGGCGGCGGCUCCGGCAACGCCCUACUCUUAGUGUGUGUCACCCUCGGGCAGCGGGGCACGGAGAGGCGCCGCCCCGGGGUUGCACACGGCGACUGCUUCGUCACCCGGCCCGGAGCAACGGUCGGCGGCUAUAAAGGUGUGUGUGAGUGUGUGUGUGUGUGUGUGUGUUAGGCUGAGGGUUGCGGGUGUGCCACAUAUGGUGUGCAGGGCGCGAGGUGUCCCUGGCGGUGUCUUCAGACUGUACCAGUGACUUGAAGGACGAAGUGUUCGUGGCCGCGCCUCGAGGCUGCCGCGUCGCGCAGGUGCCCAGUGUGCCCAGAGACCCCGGAGGGACGCCGGUGACGCUCCAGACCACCGGCAGCGACGCUCCCACCCUGACCUGGAUACGGCGGCGCGGCGCCGCCUGUCGCCACCCUGGCGCGACGUGACGCCGGGCUGACGCGUGAGUGACGGGCGGCGAGGCGGGCAGCGUGUGCCGCGCCGCCGCGCCGCCCCAGGGCUGGCGGCGGAAGGAAGGCAUUGUCGCUGCCCUCAUCGCCGCAGGACGCGGCAUCGAUGCAGCACACCAGGAACACUCAGCAGGUGGCCGGUGCCGCCGAGUGGCCGCGCCGCCUGGAAGGGACGCAGGGGAGGCAUCAGACGGUGACGGAGCAGCAACAACCAGUGGCCGAGGGCAGGAACAAAGUAGUCGUAACGUUACAUAAACUUUAUCCCGCGUGUGGGGCCUCCUGCGGGGGGCGACUCUGUUCUGGGGGGCGCCGUGCAUGCAUGUGGGCGGGAGGGGACGACGGUGUGUGUGUGUGUGUGUGUGUGUGUGCCGGCGGCGUGCUCGUGUCGAUGGCUAGGCUUGUAACACUGUACAUAGGCAGACCCUUCCUCGUGACGCUGUGAGUGAUGCAAAGUCUUCCAACCAGAGGAGGAGGAACUCCCGACGCCCUCAACAUCAUUAUUAUUAUUAUUAUUAUUAUUAUUAUUAUUAUUAUUAUUAUUAUUAUUAUUAUUACUGUUAUUACUAUUAUCAUCAUCGUUAAUUUGUAUAUAUUUUGGUUCUGCCGUUCAUUCUUUUUAAUCACUUAAGUAUUUAGUUUUUUUUUCAUUCAAUGAAACUAUUAUUAUUAUUAUUAUUAUUAUUAUUAUUAUUAUUAUUAUUAUUAUUAUUAUUAUUAUUAUUAUUAUUAUUAUUAUUAUUAUUAUUAUUAUUAUUAUUUGUAAUUAUUAGAAUUAUCAAUCCAUUAUCUUUUUAAUAUGAUUAUCACUGUUAUUAUUAUUGUCAUUAUUAUUUCUACUACUACUGCUACUACAACUACUACUACUACUACUACUACAACUACUACUAUUACUACUACUACUACUACUUCUGCCACAUUCACCACUACCACCACCACCAA